UCGGAUUUGUACGUCAAAACCACUUAACCUCAUUCUUGUGAAUUUGUUGUGUUGUCCCUGUUCCCUUCGUGUUUUCUCGCGAUCCCCGCAGUGUUUUCCCGUGGAAAUUUUUGAUUUUCACCACGAGUGUCCCCUUGUCUGCCUCGUCCUCCAGUUGCAGCUCCGCGGAGGAAAUGAAUAAGCGUGUGGUAGUGAAGAGAAAAAUGUUCACUCAUGAAGAGAGGCAUUUUCUGCUCAAGUUAAUCCAUGCAAACAAAGCAGUCAUCGAAAACAAGGAGUCGGAUGUUGUAAACCAAGUCAAGAAAAAGAUGUGCUGGGAACAUAUCGCUGAAAUGUUCAACAGUCAAGAAACUCAUGAAAACAAGCGAACAGCCAGUCAACUAAUUAAAUUUUGGGACAAUGAAAAAACCAAAAGAAAAAGAAUUCUCACCAAUGCCAAACUUAAACAAGCUGCUACUCCAUACUCAGAUUACUGUGAGCCAAACUUUUCAGGAGUUGAAAACGCAGAUAUUAAUGUUUUCUUGGAAACCUCCGUGGACACAAGCGCUAACGGCCUUCACAACAGUUAUUUAAGCUCUGAAGAAGACAUUAAACCAUUUAGUUUUGAAGGUCAAAAUGGCUUUGAUAGAGAGCUUGAGAGUAAUAUCAAUGAAAUGUCAAUCGCCACCACCAAAGGACCGCCCAUGAUCGAUUACGAAUCGCUUGGGAGGAGAAGUCACCCUCAAAGCGAAAACGGUGAAUGUCCAACAUACCCAUCUGCAUCAUAUAGCCAAUCCCAUUCAUCAGGUGCCAAUCCGAUGGACAGUCCCUACGACAAAAAACCUCCCGCCACAUCACCCUCCGAAGCAGAGAGGAGAUCAAAAAUCCAAGAAGAAAUGGAUGAAAUGAGAAGGCAGCACGAAAAAGAUAUGACCGCGCUCAGACUGGAAGAAAUGAGGUGCCGAGUUGAGCUCGCCAAAAAAGAAAUAGAGCUCAAAGAGAAACACGUGGAGCUCGAGAGUAAAAAGAUCGAAAGUCUGUUAGAAAAGGAAAAAUUUGAGCGGGCGAAAGAAGCGCUAGAGCUAGAUAUUUUGAGGAAGAAGUUGGAAUAACUGAAGUAUUUGAACCCAGCUUAGCUACUUUGUUAGGGUCUGAAAUGAGCUUACUGUUUUUUAUUUUAAGUUUUUAUCACUGUUAAUAAUGUUAAUUAUUAUUAUUAAUGACAAUGUUUGUAAUUCUAAAUUACUUAAUAAA